AUAUUUCUUUCUAGACUGUGUCAGCUGCCCAUUACAACCACUAACCAACAUGAAGGUGAAAUGGACCAUGCUGGGCAUGGUUGUCUUCUUUCUACUCUCCGUGGUCAUGACCUGCUGUUUCAUUUGGCAGUACAGGAUGCCAAAGCUGAAGACAGGUAAAGUGGUUGUAAAGAAAACAACAGCAGAGGAGAUGUGCCCUCGCUUCCCUGAGCCUGUGCCCCUAAAACAUCCCAUCACUCCACUGAGGGUGGCCUUAGAGCAGGUAGAUGUACUCCUGAGGUCGAGCAUUCACACCACCAGGCUACCAGCAAUAUCAGCCAUUGUGGUUUUAAAUGACUCUGUUCUGUGGAAUGGAAACUUUGGCAAGAAGAACAUAAGUGACCCCUCCUCUUCUGCACCCAAUGAGUACACAGUGUACAGAAUUGCAAGCCUCUCUAAAAUCUUCCCCACGCUGAUGCUGUAUAAGCUGUGGGAGGAUGGCCUGGUAGACUCUCUGGACGACCCUCUGGAGAAGUAUGCAGACAACUUCACCAUCAAGAACCCUCAGGGGACAAUUAGGGGGGCAGCAUCCUCGUCAGCCAGGACGCUCAGCGGUCGUUCUCCUGCACUCACUCUGCGUAGGAUGGCUAGCCAGCUCUCUGGGUUACCCAGAAGAUUAAGGUCAACUAAUCUCCUUUGGAGUGGAGACACACAGGCAGCCCUUAAUUUGUUACAGGAUGAUGUCCUUGUGGCAGAUCCAGGCACCAAAUGCCAUUACAGCAAUGUUGCUUUUUCUUUAUUGGCCAACAUCCUGGCCCAGAAAGUUACGGGCACAAACUUUGAGAGCUGGGUGUCAGACAACAUUCUGGAGCGGCUCAGCAUGGAAGACACUGGUUUCAACUUAACUCCAGCUAUUCAGAGGCAGAUGGCUGUGGGUGUGUACAGCAAUGGCCAGCCAACUCCGCUCUACAACCUUGGCUGGUACCGGCCUGCAGGUCAGAUGUAUUCCACAGCAGCUGACAUGGCCAAGCUCAUGAUGGCUCUUCUGGGUGUGUACAGUGGGACCCUGCUGCGCCAGGAUACCCUGAACACCAUGCUGACACCAGUCUUCCGAUGCCAUAGUGGCUACUUUGCCAACUCUACCGGCACACCGUGGGAGAUCAACGAGCAGUUUGGCUAUGAUGUGGUGAGGAAGGACGGCGACCUGGACGGUUACGCGGCCACCCUCUCCCUUGUGCCACGACUCAAGCUGGGACUGGUAGUCCUGAUGGCUGGGGUUCGGCCUGCAGACCAGGACCUUGUGAGACGCGCCUACAACUAUCUCAUCCCUGCAGUGGAAAAUGCUUUCAGGGAUGCUCAACGAACUCUCAGACAGCCGCCUGACCCAGCUCCAUAUAUAGGCUUUUUCACUUAUAGGAAUAUGACUUUCUAUGAGAUUAAGGUAGACUCAGACAAAGUGCUAGUCAUGCAGCAGUUCGGACCACAGGUGGACACAGCUGUGCCAUCCAAGUACCGAACUAUUCGGUUGGAUUACCUGCAAGACAGGGUGUUCAGGGUGGUGUUUGAGAGCCCAUAUCCUUGCAAGCUGAAGGUUAACAGCGCCUCAGUCUCCCUGGAGGCACAGGACAGACAGCUCUUCAACUUUUAUCCCUUCAACAAGAAAGGUGUAUCACCAGGGUUUGAUUCCCCAGGACUCAACACUUACAGGGUGACAAGGAUAGCUGGCAGACCAUACUUUGCUUCAUAAUAACAAAAAUUCAGCUUCACAAGUUUGUCACUGUAACUAGGGAGUUCUGUUAAGGACGAAUGCAGUGGGAAUCUUGAUAGUGCAAACAUUUGCAAGUUUUCAAGUGUUUGCUCGGUGGUCAUGUGUCAGUGUCAUGGAAUGCUCCCUUGCUAAAGUUGGUGUGAUUAUUCUGAUCUUCCAUUCAUCAUUAUUGAUUUUAUGCUCUUUUGCUCUUAAUACAAAUUUUAUCAUUUAGUC